AUGCCGCAGAUGUCGGUUGGUGGCGACGGCGCGGAUGUGUGGUUGAACAUGCCGCAGAUGUCGGUUCCUAAAUUCUCCGGCUCGUGUGUCGAUUGGCCAGGCUACUAUAAUGCCUUCACGAGCCUCAUCCACAACAACAGCAAUUUGAGUAAUGUUCAGAAGCUGCACUUUCUCAAGGAAUCGUUGCCAGCAAAUCGCAAUAACGACAUCCGUCAGAUGCAGCUCACGGAAGAAAACUAUUCAGUGGGCUGGGGAAUGAUGAUCAAGAGGUUAAACAAUCCUCGCCUCGUUUUCGCUCACCACAUGAACGCUAUCUACGUGUUGCCCAGGCUGCAAAAGGACAACACGGAUCUAAUACACUCGAUGCUAAGCACAGUCAAUGUUUGCCUGGCUCCAUUCCGUCGCGUCCAAGCCUUGGAUGGGGAAUUGCAGCACUGGUUUUCGCAUUACGUAGCAUCAAGGUUACCAAAGGAGACCCACAACGCUUGGGAGCACCAUCUUCACAAGAGCACUCUGGGCGUCCUAAUGGUCCCUGUUACCACUGUGGCGGCGUCCAUAUUUUGCCCCGUUGCACAACCUUCUUGGACUUGA